CAUUCAGCCAGUCAGAAAUAAACUCCUCAGUCAUUCCUCAGCUCGUGAAGACAAACACCAGCCCCGAGCUGCCAUCACGUGGUGCGCUUUAUGGUUUCUGCGCUCCGGGUUUGUCUCCAGUUGCGCAUGGGAAGCAGAGAGCGUCCACUUUGCGGAGCUUUUCCUUUUUCCUCUCUGUGGCUCUCACCUCAGCGAACCGAGCCGAGGACCACGGUGAUGAUGAUGAGCGGAACCGUGUCUGGGCUCCUUCCUCCGCGGCGGUUCGUCCUCCAUGCCUCCGUCUGAACGAGUUCAUUUGGUCGGAUGUUUCCCCUCCGAGCGUCAUCUGGGAGAGAAUGCGUCUUCUCGUUUUUGUGACUUUAUUCGGAGUCCUUCUCGACGCAGGAGAUGCCCUUCAGAUCCAGUGCUACCAGUGUGAAGAGAUGAAGCACAAUGACUGCUCCACGCCGGAGUACAUCGUCAACUGCACCGUCAACGUACAGGACACGUGUCAGAAGGAGGUGCUGGUCAAACCCGACGGGAUACAUUAUAGGAAGUCCUGCGCGUCCUCCGGGGCUUGCCUCAUCGCCUCCUCUGGCUACCAGCAGUUCUGCACCGGCAACAUGAACUCAGUGUGCAUCUCCUGCUGCAGCACCCCGCUGUGCAACGGGCCCAGGAAGAAGCGUCCCAUCCCAUCGGCGGCGGCGGCAGGAAUGCGAACGAACCGGCCCCUUCUCCUCUUCCUGACCUUCUUCCUGCUCCGACCUUUGACGUAGACCACGGAGCCCAUCCUGUCUCUGCUGUUCUUCUUGGAUCUCUGGAGCAGCUUUGGACUCCACACCGGCUCCGUAUCCUCUCAGCGUCAUGAAAACAUUUUUUUAAAAACUGUUUGAUGUAAUCACUGAGAAUGCCAUCGAGCUUUUCUGAAUGGUUUCAUCGCUCUCGGACCAUCAUCUUUGAUUUCUUUGCUUUCUGUGAAGUGGAGCGUUUUGUGUGAGGACGCGGCUCUGGAGUUAUUUUCUGGUUGUUACACGCUGGUGGAAGUCGUUGUAGAAAAUGAUAUUUUGAAGCUUUUAUUUUGUGAGCUUUAGUUCGAGGCAGCACUGUUGUGUUUCAUAUUUUGAACUGAUUACAAACCUCAAAUAUUCCUGAUACGUUGUGAUGAAGGAGGCACUUUGAUUCAGGCGAACACUGUCCAUCAUAUUUCUGCAUAUUUUCCACUCCACACAGUAUUAACUGACAUUUACCGACUGUGUUUGCGUUGGCGCUUAAUCAUCCUCGACUGUAACUUUUAAAAGUUGAUUCUGUGACACGAGAAGCCGAUCAGACAAAUGAAUUAUAAUAUUCCUUUGUGAAAUCUGUGUAAUUCCUAUUACAUAGAUGUAGUGCAGUG